AUGUCCGACGUCAAGACCUUCACCACCGCCGACUUGGCCGCACACACCUCCAAGAACAGCCUCUACCUCGCCGUCGGAGGCAAGGUCUACGACUGCACCGACUUCAUCGACGAGCAUCCCGGUGGAGAGGAGGUUCUUAUCGAUGAGGCCGGCAAGGAUGCCACCGAGUCCUUCGAGGAUGUCGGACACUCGGAUGAGGCCCGCGAGAUCAUGUACAAGAUGUACGUCGGCGAGUACCAGACCGAUGGCUCCGCCCAGAAGCCCAAGUCUGCGUCUUCCACGACCCCCAAGCCCAUCCCCGCUGGCGGGAGCGCCGACUCUGGAAGGUUGGUUUCCUGGGUCAAAGGCUGGUUCUAA